UUCGUGACCUGACGUCAGGACUGACGAACUGGUGCUGAGGCAACGGACGCCGUGCUGCAACGAUAGGCCCACGAAUGGCGUCGUGUGCGAGGUCCCUGCUUGCGCCACUGUCGCGCCACGCGGCGGCGUCCCUGUCGUCUGUGAGGACAGACCUCCUGCGCAAGGGCACCACGCCGACUCUUCAGCACGUCAGGCGUUACCACCAGAAGCGCAGGACCGGCACGGCCGCGCAGCUGCAGCAGCAGAAGCAGCAGGCGCCGCUCAGUAUUGCCACCGCGCUGCCCACCGGUGCGCACACGGUCAAGGUGAUAUUCAACGAUGACCAGGCCUGCGAGCUCAAUUACAUCUGGCUUCGAGACAACUGCAGCUGUCCCGAGUGCAUCCAUCCGAAAAGCAAGCAGAAGCUCGUGGACACGGCCGGUCUGGAUUACAACGUGCGUCCAGUCAGCAUGGAAGUUUCGGCCGAUGGAAGCCUGGAGGUCACCUGGGGAGACUGCAACGGCACGCACCAAUCCUCCUACAGUCCCCUCUGGCUGUACCGAAAUGCCCGAAGCUACAUGAUGAACCCGGACACGGAUGAAAACCAGAAUCUGCUGCCGCCCAUGGUGUUCUGGGAUAGGGUGUCCAUCUGGAAGACCUUUCCAGAGGUUGCCUACAAGGAGUUCAUGGAAACUGAUGAUGGCCUGUACCGGUGGCUGGACUGCAUGUACAAGUACGGCGUGGUCGUGCUCAGAGGUGUGCCUUGUCGGAAGGGCGAGGUCCUGAACGCCGUGCGACGUGUGGCGUACGUCAAGUCGACCAUCUGGGGCGACACCUUCGACGUGAUUUGCGAACCCGUCCAGACUGACCCCGGGCACCUGGCCUACACCGGAAUGUACCUGGAGCAUCACACCGACAUGAACUACCGGGAGAACUCGCCCGGCCUUCAGAUGCUGCACUGCCUCAAGGCAACGGAGAGCGAGGACGCGGGCGGCAAGUCCUUCUUCGCGGACGGCUUCAUGGUGGCCAACUGGAUGCGCGACAACAGCCCGGCCGCCUUCCACAUCCUCUCCUCGACGCCCGUCCAGUUUAGCAUACUCUCGCACAACAUGCGGUAUAGCCAGACGAAACCGGUCAUAUGCGUGAACAAGGAUGGCAACGUGUGCGAGAUCCACUACAACAACCGCACACUUGCGCCCGUGCAGACGCCCCCGCACCUGGUGGCACCAUUCUACCACGCGCUCAAGGAGUUCGCGAUGAAGUUGCGCGACCCCAACUCUGAGCUGAGCUUCAACAUGACCCCAGGUGACCUCGUCGCAUUCAACAACCGCCGCGUACUCCACGGCAGGACGAGCUUCGACCCCACCAGGGUCACCAGGCACCUCGAAGGCUGCUACGCCGACAUCGACGAAGUGUUCACGAAGUACCGGGCCAUGCGCUUCUCGAGAUCGUGAUCUUAAAUUGUGCACGAACUCUUCAUCCAUAUCGACAUCGGUGGCGUCCUUCGCAUUUGCCACGGAUGCCUUCAUCCUCAACAGCGAAGACAACGUCGACGCGUUUUCAAGAUUUUAAGCCAAAUAAGCUGCACGCUCGUUGCCUGAGAUUAGCAAGUGUUGCUAUUUCCUCUCACCCAGGUAUCGCCGGCUAAGAGGGCAGGCAAAAAGAGAAAGUUUCAGGGGCGUAAGAUGAACCAGUAAAUUUAUCGUCGUACCAAGAUUAAUCACCACUUUUUAAGUCCUCUGAUGUCACAUAUCCGCUAGACUCUAGCACCAUUGCGUAUAUGUAGUCACAAGCCGCGGAUGUUACCCUUUAAGAACAGUAGCUAGAAGUCUUAGCAUUUUGUAUUUUCUGAUAAAAUAACAUCAGAAUCAGUUUCUAAUAGCUCGGUUUUUACUCGCUUUUUGACAUGAAUGUGCCGUUUUGUUUCUAAUUAUGCGGCCUGAAGACAAGAGAAUAUGUUUCAUUGUGUUUUUGUCGCGAGCUUGUAUUUGUGUUUUCCCACACUGUCAGUGUGCCUUGUAAAUAUACGGAACUCAGUAUCACAG